AUGGCCACUUCCAAGCAGUUUCCGACGCUCGUGCAGCUGGGGCAGCAGGAUCAGCAAUUUGAGGAGCUCAGUUAUCUCGACAAACGGCCCUUCUGGUUCAACGCCGAGCACCUGAUGAAUCCGUAUAGAGUAUACCUCGAGGCUUGGCUAGUGGAAGCGAUCUUCGGACCGGGCGGAGAGCACAUCCCGCACGUCGAGUGUGUGUCACAGACCAUUCUCCGCGUGCGUCGGGUGGACCCCGAAGGCAAGGCGGAGAUCUUGAUAUUUGGGCGGCCUUAUUACCAGAAGGACAUAGCCAAGAUAAUCACGAACUUGGCCGACUAUCACCGACAACGCCGGGAGCAAAAGAAGAGCCUUGCCCCGGAGGCCGGCACCCAGGGGGCUGCAGACGCCGAUCCGGAGGCCGGCACCCAGGAGGCUGCGGACGCCGAUCCGGAGGCCGGCACCCAGGAGGCUGCGGACGCCGAUCCGGAGGCCGGCACCCAGGAGGCUGCGGACGCCGAUCCGGAGGCCGGCACCCAGGAGGCUGCGGACGCCGAUCCGGAGGCCGGCACCCAGGAGGCUGCGGACGCCGAUCCGGAGGCCGGCACCCCGGGGGCUGCGGACGCCGAUCCGGAGGCCGGCACCCAGGAGGCUGCGGACGCCGAUCCGGAGGCCGGCACCCAGGAGGCUGCGGACGCCGAUCCGGAGGCCGGCACCCAGGAGGCUGCGGACGCCGAUCCGGAGGCCGGCACCCCGGGGGCUGCGGACGCCGAUCCGGAGGCCGGCACCCAGGAGGCUGCGGACGCCGAUCCGGAGGCCGGCACCCAGGAGGCUGCGGACGCCGAUCCGGAGGCCGGCACCCCGGGGGCUGCGGACGCCGAUCCGGAGGCCGGCACCCCGGGGGCUGCGGACGCCGAUCCGGAGGCCGGCACCCCGGGGGCUGCGGACGCUGCCCAGCUCUGGGUUACCAAGCUUUGA